AUGACUAUAAAAUUGGGGGAUACAAUAUUCCGCGAAGGCACAAUUUUGCUAGUUAAUGCAUGGGCAGUUCACAGGGACCCAAACGUAUGGGAUGAUCCAACAAGCUUCAAGCCAGAGAGAUUCGAAGGCUUGCAGGUUCAGCCAUCAAAGCUGAUUCCAUUUAGGAAGGGAAGGAGAUCUUGCCCUGAUUCUGGCCUAGCACAGCGGGUGGUGGGUUUGGCCUUGAGAUCUCUAAUUCAGAGUUUUGAUUGGAAAAGAAUUGACGAGGAGGAAAUUGAUUUGGUUGAAGGGACAGGAGUGUCCACGCCAAAAGUCAAGCUACCAGAAAAAACGUUUAUUCCCGAGUUCUUCACCUUGGGAGACAAAGAGAGAAAAUGUGUCAAUGAGUCUCAAAGAUAA